AAAAAAUUGACACCAAUUCCGAACUAACAAGUGCUCCAGCCGUAUUUUGAUCCAAGGCUGAACCGUCAUUCUCCCAAGAAGAAAGUCCGUGGUAAACAAGCCGUGCACGUUCUGUUACACGCGUGCCUUGGCCUUCGCAUCUUGUUACGUGUCGCUAUGUCCAUGUUAGCAGGUUAUCUGAACUCCUAAGGACAAGCAUUUGAUAUUUUUUGGCAUAACUGAAGAUACAAUUUUGCUUUCGAAGUUCCAACGAAUUCGGUGCCAAGGAAACGAUGUCGACGGAACGGUGGCCGGUCUCCGGUCAAAGCAAACAUGAGGGAUCUCCCCUCAUAAGACCAAUAAGCCGGAUAAAGAGGCGGAGACUAGCUUCCCUAGAAUCCGAAGCCCAUGUUCAUUGCCUCUCUUUGCAUCAAAUUUCGAGUAGAGAUGAAUAUCUCCCAAGUCCCAGUGGCAGAAACGUGAAGCUCUCGUCUGUAAGGCAGGUUAGGAAUAGAAAAAGGAGGUCCAGUAGGAGCAAGAAACGAACCAAAGACGGUUAUCGCAAAUGGGUUUUCUCUUCCCACGAUUGCUCACGUUAUAAAGAUAAAGUUGUUGUUGUUUCAUAUAAUAUUUUAGGUGUUGAGAAUGUGUUGAAGCAUCCUGACUUAUAUCCUCAAGUCCCACCCCAAUUUUUAAACUGGGAGUGGCGGAAGAAGCUUAUAAGGAAAGAGCUUAAUCAUUACAUGCCCAGCAUUGUAUGUCUCCAGGAAGUUGACCGUUUUAAUGAUUUAUCUGAUCUUCUUCAAAAAGAUGGUUUCAGGGGUGUUUAUAAGGCUCGUACAGGAGAAGCAUGUGAUGGCUGUGCUUUAUUUUGGAAAGAAGAACUGUUUACCCUUUUGCAUGAAGAGAACAUAGAAUUCCAAAAGUUUGGCCUUCGUGACAAUGUUGCACAGCUUUGUGUUUUGAAGAUGAAUAACCAUUGUUCAAGCUCACACCAUGGGUCAGAGGCACAGGCAUCAGAGACUUCACCUGCUCGAAGUCUCCUUGUCGGAAACAUACACAUGCUAUUUAAUCCAAAUCGUGGAGAUAUCAAGCUGGGCCAGAUCCGACUAUUUCUUGAUAAUGCCCACAGAAUAUCACAGGAAUGGGGCAACAUCCCUGUUGUAAUUGCUGGGGACCUAAAUAGCAUACCACAGAGUGCAAUAUAUCGGUUUCUGGAUUCAUCUGAGUUGGACAUCCUAUUACAUGAUCGCAGAAAAAUUUCUGGUCAGGUUGAAUACCCAAUAGGACUGAAACACUUCAAAACUCAGAGGGAGGAUUCAUACAGACCAUUGAGAUAUAGAUGGAGCCAAGAAGAAAUACGGCUUGCAACUGGCUGUGACGGCAUCACUCAUCUCCGCCAUCAUUUAAAGCUCUCCAGUGUGUAUAGAGGAGUUGCAGGGAGUUGCAGAACAAGAGACAGUAAUGAAGAACCAUUGGCAACUUCAUAUCAUUCCAAGUUUAUGGGAACUGUUGAUUAUAUUUGGCAUUCUCGAGAACUCAUUCCGGUAGGAGUUAUUGAAACGUUACCAGUCAAUAUUUUGAGAGAAACUGGAGGGCUCCCAAGUGAGAAGUGGGGUAGUGAUCACCUUGCUCUGGUAUGUGAACUGGCAUUUGCAGAUAACAGCAAUUGGCCUUGAUUAGCAUAUCCUGUCAAAAUAUCUAACAGAGGAUGCAUGACCAACUUCUGACUGAUUGGACCUGCUAUGAUUUUUUUAUAUAUGGACCCGUUCAAAAUACUCAUGCUUGAUGAUGUCAAGGCAUCGUGCUUAGUUGUCACAAAAGGAAAACAGUUUCAGCAGUAUUUGUUUGGCUUCUCUUAAAAUCUGAAAUUAUUCACUGUCAUGAGUAUCUAGACUUCUCAAAACACAGUUUCAGCAGAGGCAGAACUUAAAGAGGUGCAUUUUCUGUUGUAACAGAAAAAAGAGAGGGGUCCUAAGUCCUAACUCCCAAGAGGUGUAUAUUAUGUACUUUAUUUCCAUCAGACGAACACAAGGAUUAACGGAAGCUUCAAAGUGAAACUGUGUCACAGUAUCUGAUAUCAGGAUUAAUUACCAAUAUGUCUCAUGUCCAUGAAAGCUUCAGUAUGUAAACUACAGUUCUAUCAAAAUUGCGAAGUUUGCACUUUUAUGGAAGUUCUGUUCAGGAUAUGGGACUGGGAGUGUCUUCAAACUGUCUAUUAGAAUUAGAUCGACUCUGCACCUCCUCCACUUACUAUAGGAACAAUAAGCAGAAGUUAAAAGGUAUUUUCCCUUCUCAUUUUCCCCCAGGUUUCUCUGGUUCUUGCUCUGCCUGACAGAUGUCAUAGUUGUCUUUGGCCACGUGGUAAGGUGCAUUCUUAAUAGAGGAAAUAUAAGGGCUUUCAUCGUUGGGGAAUUUAUGCAGGAAAUGUUAUUCUAUUUGUCAGCAUCAAGAUAAUAGUUGUGUUUUGGCCUUGAGUUGGCACAUCCAAAAAAUAUAUAUACAAUCUGUGGUCUUCGCCAUCUGGAUAUGCUGGAGGAAAGUAGCCUGCAGGUUUGAAGUUUAACAUCCUGGAUAGAGAGCAUGGCAUAGGAUAAGGAUUGUAACAUAAGAUUUGCAUUUAGGGGUGAACCAUCAGAAUCUGAAUCUGGUCAAAUGGGUCUUCUUGUUUACUUUUUUUACUGGGUAAGGGUUGGAGUGCAUAAGAGAAAGUUGUGUACUUAACAAGAGGUUAGCAAUGGAUGCAUUUGUUGCCA